ACUGUUACAACUCAAACAAAGUUGAACUUUUUUCCGGCAUUUAAAACAGCGUAUAAUUUAUUAUAAUAAACCAUGUCGCGAUGUUUAUCACAACUUUUAAUAAAGUAUCAGACGGAGGAAGAAGCCGAAAUCUUGGCAAUAGCUAAUAAGCUGGAUGAGCCUGAGAAAAAUCGUGUGCUCGAACUCUAUGAACCUUCUAAAAUUACUGCAGAUGACUUGAGUCGCGAAUACAGUCCAGCUGAUGUUAAGCAGCUGUGCUUACGUACAAAAGUUCGAGUGAACAUGACGUUCUUCAAUUGCUUGUGGGACGCUAAGAAGCGCUUCGAUAAAAAGGGUCGACUGGAAAAUCGCUCGGAGCGCUUUGUAAACGAAAUGUUAAAAAAGGCAGUCCGCAAAAAAAUGGUCUUUCCAUAUUCACCGGAAAGAGUUGCCAAGUGCAACCAUAUAAGGCAGUGUCAACUGAAAAAGGACAACAAUGCUCGAUUGGAUCGUUGGAGCAUGGAAUUCCGACAAUCUCCAGUUGUGGAGCAUAGCUACGCCAUUGAACCGUCAUUGUUGAUGGCACAGCCUUCAAACGAAAUAUUGGGUAACAGAAAUACAGAAACUGUAAACAACAUUAUUAUUUAUCCAUCAUCCGUUGCAGCAGAAACUCAAGAAUCGUCGAUAGGAAUGCCAGAAAGUGAGCUAGAAAUUUGGAUCGAUACUGCUGAAGAUGAUGAAGAAAUUGAAGAUGCGAAUGUUUCAAAGGAUUCACGUGAACAAAUAAUAGUUGAAGACAAUGCCGACUGGGUCGAAGCAGCAAUCAACAUCAAUUCCCAGUCAGUGGAUAUUCUGAAUGGGGAUCUGCAGACGCCACAGUCAGAGAGUCAACCUGAGGAUUACAAUGUGUUCGGAACCCAAGUUCCAUGCACAUCCACACAAUCCCAGGGCACCGAACCAUUUUUGGUAGGCUAAUAUUAAUUAUCCGUUACUAAAGUUGAUCAAUGAAUACUGAACAACGAAAAAUGAAUUUAUUUUAAGUACAUUACAAAUUAUUUUAAACAUGCUCCUCUUCAACAUGAUUUAUUGUGCGUUUUGAAUAUAAAAAUUUCCUUAAAAGUCAUACUUAUUUUUGCUUUAAUGAUACUAUCCUAGUUAAAAUCGCGUAUUCUUUAGUUAUCCAUUCUUGUUUUCCAAAUGAUACUCGUAUAUAGUAAAAACUUAUGCUACAGAAA